AUGGGCCGGUGGACUUACACCCCACCAAGGAUGCCCAAUGGCAUCCUGAUUGAUGGAAAAAAGCUAUUUGAAUUGCUACGAGCUGACAACCCACAGUCUUACAUCUGGGAUGUUGAUUUACUCAUCCAAGAAAUCGAGGAGACUUUUGGAGCAGAAGUUACAGAGGUUCCGGAGUAUGUGGAUGGAGCUUUUCACAAAGCCGUCUGGUGUGUCUUGUCCAACGGCGAAGAAAUCAUUGCCCGUUUAAGCAAGGCCGAUAUCAAUAGGCCUCAUGAGAAAAGCCUUCCUGUACCCAUGCAAAUCUCGGCGGCUGAAUAUGAAAUUGCAUUGUACGAGGCAUUGUACCCAGAGGCUGAACUUCGACUUGCAGCUUUACUCUACAAUCGCAUUCCAGAACUACAUGAAGGCAUUGAUGAUGAUUCGAAGGACAUCAUUGGUCGUCGUCUGUGUGUCUUUGAGGCACCAGAGGGUCGGAAGAACAUGUGGUGGGAGCUUGGACCUGAGGACAAGGUGUGCAUCUUGAAGCAAGCAGCCGAAAUCAGGGCAGCACUUUUCAACUUCAACCCUCAACCAAAGUUCAUAGCUACAUGGCUCCCAAAGCGCCUUGCGAGUGCCCACACGCCCAUCUCCCUACCUGUGGCUAUCACCCCAACGCGCAAUUUCUGCAUUGCUCUAUUCAGAGCAAAGAUAGAAGCCACGAUUCGCAAUAUGGAUGACAUAAUCGGCUGGCCACAAGACAACAAUACUGUUGGCCCUUUUGCUGCUGCCGCCAAGCAGUCCCUCCUGCGUCUUGUGCCCUAUAUCCUUCCAUCAGACAACAGGGGUAACAUCUUCUAUCGCUUUGUAAUCGAUCACGGCGACUAUGGUAUUUGGAACAUGACCGCAACUACGGACGAGUACGAGAAGCCCUACAUUACUUCAGUAUACGAAUGGGACAGUAGUUGUAUUGUGCCUGCAAUCUUCUCUGAUCCCAAGUUCGUGACGAAUAUCAGCUUUGUGACUGAUGAGUAUGCGAAUCCAUCGAUUGCUCGCUCGUCCAAGUUUAAGUCCAAGUACAUCAAACCCGCAAGGCGCGCAAAGUUCAUGGCUUGGUCGAGGCAGUACUUCAAUACUCUCUAUGAUGCAGCUCCAGCCUACGAAACGAUCAUCCGCGAAGGCAGUGAUGCACGUUACCUCUGGUUCGCCCUCCAGUCACGAUCGUUACACAACAUUGAGCCGGAGAUCUAUUUUGGAGAAUUGGGUAUCUGGGCCAAGAAGAAGUUGAGGGAGUUUGGUGUUUCGGUCUGA